AUGAAUUCUCUUCUUUUUGCCGCAGGUGUACUGGCAUUGGCGGCUAGGGCUUCUUGUGAUUCAAAGCCCUUUGACAACUUCGUUACUUUUGGGGACAGCUACACGGACAACGGCAGGCUCUCGUCCUACUUCGCCAACGGAGGACAGCCGCCUCCACCUGGAACGCUUCACCCGUCGACCAACGUGACGGCAUCUGGAGGUCUUGCCUGGGGCCAGGUCGUUGCGCAGUCGACAGGAGCAGCUUACUUUGAUUACGCCGUGUCCGGCGCAACCUGCUCUAACGACAUUGUUGCUCGUUAUCUCGCUGGUAUCAACCGGACCUUCCCGGCGGUGCUUGAGGAUGAGCUACCUAGCUUUAUUGCGGACAUACAGUUUGAGACGCUUUAUGCCAACCGGUCCUCAGAAAAUACUGUCUACGCACUCUGGAUUGGCACCAAUGAUCUCGGUUAUGGCGCUCUUUUGACCGACUCACAAGCCCCGGGGACAAACAUUACCUCGUACAUAGAUUGUAUAUGGACCGUGUUCGAUACAAUUUACGCAGCUGGUGGCCGGCGUUUUGUUUUGUUGAACACGGCCCCUCUGCAGCUCGCUCCUUUGUACGCCCCGCAAAGUGUUGGCGGCAUUGGUGACAAUCAAUUCUGGCCGAACAAGACGUUGUACAAUGAAACGGAGUACCAGUACAAGAUUCUAGAGUAUACCCAGCUGGUGGAUCGACUAUUUGACUAUGGCGUACCAUUCGAGAUGUUGGUCAAAGGAAGGUGGCCGGAUGCAACCUUUGAUAUCUUCGAUGUGAACUCCCUCAUCACGGACAUUUACGAUGACCCUUUGGCGUACUUGGACGCCCCGGCAAAUGUGACUGGCUGGUACCAUAACUGUGACACAGAAGGUGCAAACUGCGUCGAUGCCACCAACCCGCUGGACACCUUCCUGUGGUACGACAGUCUUCACCCGUCAAAGAGGACAGAUGAAAUCAUCGCCAGGGAAUUCAUUGGGGUAGUUGCAGGGAACUCGUCCUACGGAACCCACUACGGUUGA